AUGGCUAACAUUGAUGUAGAAAAGCAGCAAGCAGAUGGUCUUCUUUUCCGAUUUGUUACAAAUCUCAUUGGCUUCAGAAGAUAUAAGGUGAAUGAAUUCAGUGCAGCAGUUCACCACCAGCUCUCGAGCAUCGUUGGCCACUCGGACAUUAGGAAGAGUCUCUUUGAUCAUUUUAUUGAUAGCAGCUCUGGGGAUAGUGAGAUCAUCAUCGUUGCCAGACGAGGAAGCCAUAGUACCUUCCUGUUUCUCGCGCCUCGACUUUUAAAAACUCCCCAGCUCUGGUCCACUACUCCACGGAUAUUUCUGAAAAAGCCGCCCUCGGAGAGUGAUCCCGCGGGGUGCUCUGCGAAGAGGGUGCAGAAAAUGAACGGAGGAGGAGCUGGCCUGAGGGUUGGGAACACCCGAGUGUGUAAGAGAUUUAGGAUGAGUUUGGGAGGAAAGUGGGGGCCUGAGGAUUCUAGAAAGAGAACAGCCCCGGCUGAGGAGGGGAAAGCACGGUGGUCCGGAAAUUUGAGCGGCUGGGGAACCACCUUCGGGUCUCUUCAGAGGGGCGGGCGCUGUCGCCUAACUGGUCCCCAACGGCGUCGGAGCAGAGGCAAGAUGCAGGGGCACUGGCCUCACCGCGGUACCAAGCGGGUACCCAGCGGGCUCGGCUCUACAGAGCCCGAGGCCCCGCUGCCGCUGCCGCUGCCGCCGCUGCUGCCGCCGCCGCCGCCAGCAGCCGUUGCCGCCGCCUUGGCCAAACCAUCCUUCAGACACCCGCGCCGCCGCCUCACAACAUGUCCGCCGCUGCCGCUACCGCUGCUGGAACGGCGACGGCCGCCUGGGAACUAAUAUGGACAGAGCCAGGCACAGUGGGAGUCGCACUGGCGGCCGCCGUGGCCGCGUAGCCCGAACGUAGAUCGUGGAAACCGGAGCGGCGGCAACGGUGGUCCCUCCAGAGGCUAGGGAAGGUUUGCUGGAAGCCGCUCCCGACACCCUUUGCGCCACCGGAAGCCUUGAUCCCUCAGAUUUCCCCCUCCCUCCCGGACCGACUUCCGGGUGUGGCUGCAGCCCUUCCCCCACCCACGCCGGCUGCAGCAGCCCGUUUGCCCUGCCAGCAGCUUCCGCCUGCUGCGGUCCUGGCUAGCGCCUCGUCCCUUCAGAGGCCCUAGCCAGGCAAGCGCGCGCCUCACUGUACCGGAGAUCCAAGCACGUGCUUGUUCUGGGGCCGGGACGGUGGAUCUGGGAAGGGGUCGGUGGCCGGGUAGAUGGGCGAGGAGGGAUCGUCUCUACCUUCUUUCAAGCAGCUGAGGCCUCCGAACCCUUCCCUGGCCGGAUUUAGGGUUAGAGGAGCGCUGGUAUUAAUAAAAUAGCUCUCUUUGCUAUUUC